UUGACAUAAAUUCCUAGAAAACUUGAUGCAAUUUCGGCUUCCUAAGGCUAAAAUCUUGAUUGAUCAAUGACAGUUACAGAAACCCAUCAUCUCCUGUUAACUCCUUUUGAUUAAGACAAUUAAACCCCAUUAUCAUUACAAUGGUUAAACUUAAUGCAGUCCUUUCCUCUCCCUCAUCACUUGCUCUAUAAAUAGAUUCUCACUUCUCAACUUUUACAUAUCUCUCUAUCUUUUACUCUCAUAGACAAACAUAUACACAUAACAUUUUCCAAUGGCUAGCAUAAAUGUGUUUAUGUUAUUGUCCCUUGCAUGCGUCUUGGCAGUGACAAAUGUGACUGCAACAAGGGACUUGUACAUUAAGCCUGGACAUAGGCUUGCAGCAAGGCUUGAAACCAGUGAAGGCUUAGUCCCUUGCUGGAACGCACUAUUGGAGCUCAAAUCAUGCUCAAAUGAGAUUGUUAUUUUCUUCCUCAAUGGCCAGACUGAUAUUGGUCCUGACUGUUGCCGCGCCAUUACUAUUAUAACACAUAACUGCUGGCCUGCCAUGCUCACUUCACUCGGUUUCACAGCUGAGGAAGGCUAUAUUCUAAGAGGCUAUUGUGAUGCAGCAGCCUCCAUUCCAUCUGCAGCUCCUUCUCCUUGCUCACCAGCGCCUUGGGCCUAG